AGAUGUUUCCCACUGGGCUCUGGCUCUAGGAUGUUGGAGAACCGAGAGGAAGAGCUGACCACGGUGCGUGUUCAGGACCCCCGAGUGCAGAACGAAGGCUCCUGGAACUCCUAUGUGGAUUAUAAAAUCUUCCUCCACACUAACAGCAAGGCCUUUACUGCCAAGACCUCAUGCGUGCGGCGCCGGUACCGUGAAUUCGUGUGGCUGAGGAGGCAGCUCCAGAAGAAUGCUGGCUUGGUGCCUGUCCCAGAGCUGCCCGGGAAAUCCACCUUCUUUGUGGGCAGCACGGAUGAAUUCAUCGAGAAGCGGAGACAGGGGCUCCAGCAGUUCCUGGAGAAGGUUGUGCAGAACGUGGUCCUCCUCUCCGACAGCCGGCUGCACCUUUUCCUGCAGAGCCAGCUCUCGAUACCCGAGAUAGAGGCGUGCGUGCAAGGCCAGGGCUCGCAGACAGUAACAGAAGCCAUCCUGCAUUACGCCAUGUCCAACUGCGGCUGGGUGCAGGAGGAAGAGAGCCGCCCUGCGCUGCUGCCAGGAGGGGACCUGCAUGGCAGCUGUGCCGGCCUGGGAAGCCCGCAGGGUCCGAGCUGCCUGGAGACCUUCCCAUACUGGAGCGACUUUGGCAUGGACGAUGCGCACUCGGACAGUCCGGAUGAGCCAGCUGAGCCCUUGGGCGGACGGCGUGAGAUGCAGUAAGGGCUCUAGCGACCUCACCUGCCUUCCCUGGGACCUGCAGCCCUCGCUGGAAGAGGGACCGCUGCUGAGCCGGAGGGAUGUCCAAGCUGGUGGGACUGGGACUGCCCUGGGAACAUGACCUUGUCCGGGGCUCACAUGCUCUCUCCCUGCUGACUCUUGACUGUCCUUGAUGUCCCAGGCAGUGUGUUGUAUCGCUCUUCUCUUUGGAGAAGAGCCCUAGUGGUUAGUGAAGCCUGUGUUUGUUGUUCCCAUGGCCUUUGCUCUCUGACUGGAGCAGUAGCGGGGCUCGGUU